UUGCUCCACGAAUUAUGUCUACUCCACAAGAGAAAGAGGUAAAUGAAGGCGAGUCUGCAUCUUUCCGAUGUGAUGCUGUAGGCAAUCCAAGCCCUACAAUUUUCUGGCAACAGGGUGAAUACAUCUGUACAGCAAUUGUUGAAGGAUUCAAGCAUGCUUCCGUAUCGCACUUCCUGCAUAUACGAGGACCUCCAAUAAUCACAGUUCCUGCGGAAGCGACAGCAAAUCUUGGAGAGUCAGUUGAAAUGUCUUGUCACGUUAGCGGCCGGCCAAAACCAUUAGAGGUUCAUCAGAUCCCGCGAUCAUACGGUGUUGAGAGCCGAUUGAUUAUUCGAGAUUUACGGGAAAUUGACAUGGGAGCUUACAACUGCACAGCAAACAAUGGCAUUGGAGCCGAUGCUAAAGCCGUCACACUGAGGCCAAGAGGAGUUGGAAAUCUCUUCGAUGAUCCAUCGGACGUGACCGUGAAAUGUGAAGUUCUUGAUGGAACCUUCUUCCCAGAAAUGUAUAGCUGUGCUGACGGAACAAAUAUUGCCUCUUCGAAGGUCAGUUGCUAUGAAUAGAC